GUUCUAGAAUGGGCAAACGUUCAUCGGGCCUGGUAUUUGACGCGAAAGUCUCCCUCACACGUGACCGAAGACCCCAUGUGUGAGGCCUCAGGGGACAAGGAGGUAGUUCCCCCCCCACACAGUCAAGAUGCAUCCGGAAGCCGUGUGGGGAAUCUGUUGAGGACGGUUUCUGUUAAGGUGGCGCGGUGUCUGUAUUUCUCUGUGUACGAUGCUGGUUUUGGGGAGUGGGAGGACCAGGGCUUUCAGAAAGAACCGUACACGUUUUACGUUAAGGACAGCGGUGUCCUCCGGAGGACAGAGUGGGACCUGCUCUGGGAGUUACCCUGGUCCCGAGUCCGCCGUGUCCCUGCCGGCCUGUGGGCCCCCACAGCGUCCUUUGAAAAAUGCAGAAUAGGUUGCUUUUGCUGCCUGUUGUUAAUUUCACAGUAAAAUUUGCCUUGUUUUUCUCAAGAGCGAUUUCCUGGAAAGUCUUUUUAGUUUUUGCCCGUGAAGAUCUACGAAGAAGAAGGACUUAGAGACGAUGCCGACACGUCUGGUGGGAAGUCCAUCUGCUAGCCCUGGUGGAGGGACCAGGUCUGCGUCCUUCUGCCCCCUUCUGUCCAUUCCCACCAGCACUGUCUGCUUUCACAGGUGUGCGUCCGUGUGUGCUGUGCGUGGACGCGGAACUCGUCUCUUGUCUAGAGAUGCAGCACUCGAGUUUCACGUUUGUGAGAAAAUAGAUUGGGGCUGCCGUCUGCAUGGUUUUAAGCUGAAAAGUUUCUUUUUUUUCUUUUUUUUUUUUUUUUUUACUCACGCAUGCUUCCUGAUGGUCCAAGUCCAGGGACCGCUGUGGUGAGCCUGAGGCCCUUCUCCCCGUGGCACAUGCCACGUCCUGCAGAGGCACACAUCCUGUGCUGUCAGGACUGUGAGCGCCUCGCGUGGAAGGCACUUGCAGAACAUUGACAGACUUGGAGUGACAGCUUUCCAGUGCCUUCUAGUGCGUGCAGAAGGAGGGUGCCUUGAUGCCGGAGCGGUGGCGUUACUGAGUGUAGCCUCACAGGUUUGUUACAUCGGAGAGGGGAAAGGAACCCUCCGCUGUCGCCAUUCCCCGUGUGACGAUGGCGCCUAAACCCUUCUUCCUGCCAACGCCUGCCACCUUGCAGGAGGUGGUGAGGUGGUUUGUGGUGGCGUGGCCGUGCAGAGCAGUGAGCGCUUGGGUUUGCACUCAAGACCACCCGGGGUGUUUGGCAAGGGCCACAGUCCCUGGCCUGGGGGGCCUGCCCGUGUGGGAUGGCGUGCCUUAAUUCUGAGAUGCCUUCGAGGCGCUUUUCCUGUCCUCGUGAUUUGCUUACGUAGACGUAGAACACGGGUUUGCAGGGGCCUUCGGCCUCUGUGCCUGUGCAGACUAUCGGCAGUGGUGGGGUGUCCCCAGCUGCUCCGCCUUCACAGGCCGCAGGGCCACAGCUGUGGCGGCUUCGGGCCCUCGGUGGGGGGCAGGAGGGGCAGUCUGGGCCGACCGGUCAUCCCGUCCCUGCAUCUGCAGGGCAGAGGUGCUUCUCGUUGCAGGGAGCCUGUGGUGGGACCAGGACUCAUCUGCAGAGUUGGGAAGUCCCCCCACCCCUCUCUGGAAGGCGGGGCCGCUGGGUCCAUUCUGACCGUGACGCAGAAGGUCUGUGGGACUCCUACUCGGCUCCAACCGAAACUGGCGGCUGGAGGAGUGAGAAUCGGGAGGAGUGGACUUCUCUGCACGCGCCUUCCCAGCACCUUCCGUCUGACUGUGUUUUCGAGGAAGUCACACCGAGACCUCGUGCCCGGCUGUGGGUGUGGCACCGGCAGGAAUGGUGCCGUGCGGUGCAGUGCGGUACGAGUCUCCGCCUCACGUUGGGAGCCUGGGGACCGCCGGACUCGCGUGCGGAGCCCUGCCUGGCUGUGCCGUGUGCACACGGCGCCACACACUCGACAGGGAAGCGAGCCUGGUGGUCACCGUGGCCUCCUGGGCCGGGGGCUGCAGGGCCCGGUGGGCGGCCAGUGGAGGCACAGAGACCCAGGGCGAGGCGGGCCCUGUGCAGCUCCAGACCCACGGGCCCGGCGAGUCCUCGGUCUCGAGCGUCUAGCUGUGUUUUUAGUGUGAAUCACAUGCGGAACAGCAGCGCGUGUGUUGGAGACACGGAUGGUGAGCCCACCAGCACGUGAAGAAUGAGCCGCUCCGGAACUUGGAAGAAUCCCGCUGUAGAACCUACACUGCAUUAAAUUCGUUUAGUAUCCAAAAUUCAUUUUUGUGCUUUCUGGUCACGUUGUGCACACUUGUUUGUCCUUGGGUCCUUCCACCAUUUAGGUUGGUAAUUGGGUGCAAGAGACAGACUCCUCCCUUCAAUAGCUGGUGUGAAGCUGGGGGGAGGGGAAAGAGGUGAUGGGGGGGGACCGCACCAGGGAGACCCCCCCCCCCCCACCCCCGGGCCCAGGUCCUUGAGGUCUGUCAGUUACAGAAGCUGAAGCUGCACCCGGUGUGGCGCUGGGCCUGCGCCCCCUCGGGCUGCGCGGUGCUGAAGACUCCCGGAGGCCGAGGGGGGAGGGAAUUGGCUUCCAAAAAAGCCCCGAGGCUGGAGGAUGGGGCCCGGCGGGGCCCUGCCCUGCGGGGAUGUUUUAGGCUUUGUUCUAAGUGCAGUGAGAAGCCUUGGGAGGCUGUGCGGUGGCAGGACGGGACCCAGCUCGCUGGGCUGCCCUGUGCAGGACGGAGGAGGCGGCAGCUAGGAGAAGCCAGUGUGGCCGGAAGCCCGGUUGUGGCCGUCGGGUCCCGGCGUCCGCGGCUCCGUGCUGGCCGUGUCCUCGACGAGGACACGUAAAGCCCACCCCCCCAGCACACCUAGAGGGCCCCGGGGACUCAGCUUGGGGGCUGGCAGACCCUCCGUGCUUUGCACGCCCUUGGGGCUCUGGCCUGUUCCACACGGCCUGCCACAUGGACACUGCCCGCUCAGCUGCCCGGCGUUGGCUGGCUCGGGUGGCAGGGCGGGAGCCCACCUCCGAAGACCCACCUUACAAACUGGGGGCGCUUGAGUCUUCCUGCUCUCGCAUUCUGCGAAGACUGUCCCCAGUUGUCACUGGACGAGUCCACAGCCCUGUGACAUGGGGACCACCACCAUCCCCCGAUUCACAGGCUCCUGUCCAACACCAGAGCCCUGACGCCAGGAUCCCCUGGGCCCCGCCCUCCACAGCCUGGUCCGCCCAGCGGGCCACCCGCCACGGGGAGCCCCGCACCCUCCCCACUCCCACCGCCGCCGGACUUCACGGGAGCCGGAGCCGCAGGGAGGUGGACCCUGACAGCUGCUGGUGGAGCGCAGGGCGGGGACCGAGUGUGUGCCCCGCCCCACCGGCCCUCCCUCUGCGGUGGCCGUCCGGGGGCGACACGUCCUAAGAGCAGAGCGCCAGACGGAAGCACGGCCGGGACUGACACGUGGCCUUGGGCGGCGCUGCCCCGUGUGGGUUGGAGAGGCGGGCGCCCGACCUGGACGCGCCGCGCCCGCGGACGGCUGCCCCUGAUGCAGCCGCUGCCACCGGAGGAGGCCCGCGGGGACGGGGCUGAGGACGCCCAGUGGUCCAGGCCCGAGUGCCAGGCAUGGACGGGGACGCUGCUGCUGGGCACGGGCCUGCUGUACUGCGCCCGGGUCAGCGUGCCCGUGUGCGCCGUCUCCAUGAGCCAGGACUUCGGCUGGAACAAGAAGGAAGCCGGCGUCGUGCUCAGCAGCUUCUUCUGGGGCUACUGCCUGACUCAGGUGGUGGGCGGCCACCUGGGGGACCGGAUCGGGGGUGAGAAGGUCAUCCUGCUGUCCGCCUCCGCCUGGGGCUUCAUCACUGCCGCCACCCCGCUGCUCGCCCGCCUCAGCAGUGCUCACCUGGUCCUCAUGACCUUCUCGCGCAUCCUCACGGGCUUGCUCCAAGGGGUCUACUUCCCGGCGCUGACCAGCCUGCUGUCACAGAAGGUACGAGAGAGCGAACGCGCCUUCACCUACAGUGCCGUGGGGGCCGGCUCCCAAUUUGGGACGCUGGUGACGGGGGCCGUGGGCUCCCUGCUCCUGGACCGGUACGGCUGGCCUAGCGUCUUCUACCUCUCCGGCGGGCUCACCCUGCUGUGGGUGUGUUAUGUGCACAGGUACCUGCUGAGUGAAAAAGAUCUCAUCCUGGCCUUGGGCGUUCUGGUGCGAGGCCUGCGGGUGUCCAGGCGCACCAAAGUUCCCUGGAGACAGCUUUUCCGGAAGCCCUCUGUCUGGGCAGCCAUCUCCGCUCAGCUGUCGUCCGCGUGCGCUCUCUUCAUCCUCCUCUCCUGGCUGCCGACCUUCUUCAAGGAGACGUUCCCCAGCUCCAAGGGCUGGGUCUUCAACGUGGUGCCCUGGCUGGUGGCCAUCCCCGCCGGUCUGUUCAGCGGGUUCCUCUCCGACCAUCUCAUCAAUCAGGGUUACAGAACCAUCACUGUUCGGAAGUUCAUGCAGGUGAUGGGCCUUGGCCUGUCCAGCAUUUUUGCCCUGUGUUUGGGGCACACCUCGAGCUUCUGCAAAUCUGUGGUGUUUGCAUCAGCUUCCAUCGGCCUGCAGACCUUCAACCACAGUGGCAUUUCCGUCAACAUCCAGGACCUGGCCCCAUCCUGUGCCGGCUUUCUGUUCGGUGUGGCCAACACAGCUGGGGCCUUGGCAGGUGUCGUGGGCGUGUGCUUGGGAGGCUACCUCAUCGAGACCACGGGCUCCUGGACGUCCAUGUUCAGCCUGGUGGCUGCCAUCAGCAGCCUGGGGCUGUGCAUCUUUCUGCUGUUUGGAGAGGCCCAGCGCGUGGACCUGAGCCCUACCCACGAGGACCUCUAGCUGCCUCGGCCUGACAGUUCCCUGAGGACCCAGUGCUGCCUGCCUCGGGGCGUCGGGCUGUGUCGAAGAGCCUCCCGCUCCUGAUCCGGGGUGUGUGAGCAGAGGGGGACGGGCCCCAGCGGAGCCCGGGCAGCCCUGGUGGGCCUCAGUCUCUCCACCCGCCAGUGAGGUGAUCGCGCCCUCCCCCGGGGUUCGUGGGCUGGCAGGCGUGAGUGGGAUUGGUAUUUUGAGUAGCAGCUGCACUGUCACAGUCUGCGUGCCCACGUGGUCACUGGGUGGGAGGGCUGCCUGUCUGUCAUCACAGGGGCAGGGGCACCACCCAGCCGGACUCUUCCCUCAGACCUGUUCUGCUUUGCUUGUUGGCCCUGGGGCCAGAUCAUUCUUCCUGGGGGGUGCUGUCCUGUGCACUGCGGGCUGUUUAGCAGUUGGCCCCCGUCUACUAGGUGACCCCCCCCCCCCGCCAGUGAUGACAACCAGCACUGGCUUCUGGCCUCACCACAUGUCCUCAGGAGACUGUGCCUUGGGCCAGAACCGCGGCUCUGAUGGAAGCUGUUGGGGGUUGUGGGCUAGACGCCCUCGCCCCUCUUUGGGGCCCCCCCUGGCACCCCCUGUGGGUCCCUCUCUGCCAGGGAUGCUUCUGGGGACCAGGGAGCCCUCCCACCUUGUCCUUCUCUCUCUCAUAACGAGAAACUGGUCAUCUCGUGAGUUUGUAAUAGAUUUUGCAAGAUGUCUAUGUAGAAGAACUAAGAAUGUGGAGAGAUCACACCAGACUUAAUUUAAAUGAUAGCUAUUAAACUGGAAAGGGAAGGCUGC